GUUAUCUAGAUCAGAAUGGGGGGUAUUUUCCCCCCGGCCCUUCCUCCCUGGGGUCCUGGGACCGGAAGGGUCCUCCUUUCCCCCCGGGGUCCUGACACCGGAAGAGGGUAUCAAUUCUCUCUGUCCCGCCUCCCUGGAGUCCUGGGGCCGGAAGGAGUGGUUUCCUCUCACCGCGCCACUUCUCAGGUGCUCACCUCGGGGGGCAGGGGCCUGGGGCUGGAGCAGUCACCGGAGGCAGAGAGCUUACAUCAAAAUCAAGUUUUAUGGGCGCUCCUGGGUUUGGCCCCUUGGCGCAAUCGCAGGCAACAGGUUUUGGACUUGGAGAACUGCAAGACUCCGAGCGACUUGUCCCUUCCAGCCUGCUGGCCUCGCCACUGCCUGUUUCUUCCCCGACGUCCGGCGUGUUGUCGGGAUUUGGAGUGGUAUGAGAAGUCAGAGGAAACCCACGUCCCCCAGAUAGAACUACUCGAGACAACCUCUGCCCAAGAGCCUCCCAACCCUUCGGAGCCCUUUGGCCCCAGAGACUGCAUGGUGCCAGUGGUGUUUCCCGGGCCUGUGAGCCAGGAAGGCUGCUGUCGGUUUACUUGUGAACUUCUAAAGCAUAUCAUGUACCAACGCCAGCAACUACCUCUACCCUAUGAACAGCUUAAGCACUUCUACCGAAAACCUCCCCAGGCAGAGGAUGUGGUGAAGAAACAGCCCCGGGCCGCCGCUGAAUUGAGCAGCAGAAAAUGUCAACAAGCCCUGGCAGAACUGGAGAGUGUCCUCAGCCACCUAGAGGCUCUCUUUGCCCGGACACUAGUACCUCGAGUGCUUAUCCUCCUUGGCGGUAGUGCACUAUGCCCCAAGGAGUUCUACGAGCUUGACCUGUCCUGCCUGGCCCCCAACAGCAGGGACCAGAGCCUGAGCACAGCAGCUUGUUUGCGCCGUCUUUUCCGAGCCAUUUUUGUGGCUGAUGCUUUCAGUGAGCUGCAGGCUCCUCCGCUCAUGGGCACUGUGGUUAUGGUACAGGGGCACCGUGACUGUGGAGAAGAUUGGUUUCGACCCAAGCUCAACUACCGAGUGCCCAGCCGGGGCCACAAACUGACGGUGACCUUGUCCUGUGGCAGACCCUCCGUCCCAACCACGGCCUGGGAGGAUUACAUUUGGUUCCAGGCACCAGUGACACUUAAAGGCUUCCAUGAGUGAAUGGGGUGCUUCUUAAUCGGGAACACAAUGGCUAAUUUAUCUUUCCCCCUGUGGUAUCAAGUCACCUUUCUGUUGCUUGGAGCUAGAGUUGCUGCCUGGUAAGAGAAGGUUCUAUCCCUCUGGCUGCCUGCCUCCCCUCCUCAGACUUCCUGGUGUGCUAGUGAUAUAGCUUUGGCUGUCAUAAUCAUUGUUGAACAACAUGUCUUUGAAUCAGAGGUAGAUUUUCCCAGAAGAUGCUGGACCAGGCAUUUCUAUUUGAGAUUGUAAAGCAAACGUGGGCCCGUAGACAGACACUCUCACGGAGGUGGCCCUUUUCUGCUUUCUGUUGUGGCCGUUCAGAAGUUUUGCCAGGUGUGACUCACAAACUUAAAUAUAAAAUGAAUGGAUUUAUACUAAAUUUUCCUGGACAUCUUUUGGCAUAAAGAGACUUUCUAGGCUUAAGGCUAGAGUGUUUUGUCUUUCUCCUUGGCCUCUUAUGCUUCAGGGCUCCCAGGAUUAUUUUUUACUAAUGUGCUGUUUCUCUUCAUCAGAAUCCAGGGGAGUCUGGGAAGUUACAUGACUUGGCCAAGGUUCUAUAACAGUUUGAUAUCAGAGCUGGGGCUAGAGUCCUUGUCAGCUAACUCCUGGCCUGAUGUUCUUUUCUUGCCAUGCGCCAGGAUUUGUGAGCCUUACAGUACAUGUGCCCAAAGCAAAGGUCACACAGGGGAAGAGGGCUGACUGAGAGCUGGGCUGAGAAAAGGGAACUGAGCAGGUCUUUGCAAAGCCUGAUUGAACUGUAGGUUGAGGCCCCAUGACUGCCCUUUGGGAUCAGCUCCUUGAGGCCAAAUAUCCCUCCUGGAGUUCUGCCCUGUCUCCAUUGUAGUUGUCUGGUGGCUGCUGGCACUGACUGUUGGUCAUAUAGUCCUUAGGCAAACCCUGCCUUCCUGCCUAUGGCAAUUCCUCCUCCAAAAUUCCAGAAGCUACACGUCUGACUUUGCCGUCCUGGUCCUCGCUGUUAUCCUGUCCAGUUUGAUGGUGGCCUGACUGCCAAGAGACCUGAGAACACCUGUUAAUUUCUUGGAAGCAAGUUGAAGUAGUGUGUGUGUGUGUGCGCGCACGCGCGCGUGUGUGUGUGUACGGGGUCAAUAUAGAUAUAUACUAUUUUUUAUGUUUUAAGAAGAAUGUUUUUUGUGUUUUGAUGUUUUGUUAAGAAAACAUACAAAAUAGUUUAUAUUUUAUACUAUAUUUUAAGCACUUUACAUAUGUUAUCUAUUUGAACAGCUUUGCAAAGUAUGUGUUAUUGUCCCCAUUUCAUAGAGGCUUGGGGAGAUUGAAUAAUGCCUAAAUGGCGAAACCUGGAUUCAAAUCCAUUUGAUAAGCUGAGUGCUUUACCUGUGCUGUGUGAGUUUACUCUGAGAUAAUUAACAAGAUGUGCCCUGCCAAAGCAAAAGCUGCAGAAUUCCCCUCUGACUUCAGACUCAUAUGGUUCCUCACGUAGGACUGCCAUCGAUAGGUGCUGAGUAAAUAUGGUAUCAAUGAAAA